UGGAACACGGAGGGGCAAGCGCGCGCUACUGCAGUUCACAGCUCUUUCGGUUUGUGGCAUGAUGGCGUCGCCCUCACGCGGGUUCCCUGUGUGUUUUACCACCUUCGUCCUGCUCCUCUCGCACGUAUCGCCGGCGUACUCUUCGGCCUCACUUCUAACUGAAGCGAAAGUCCCUCGUCCAGUUAAAGGACUAUUUCGUAACAGAAGGCAGCUGUGUGACUAUGGCGACUACAAGUAUGAAGGGAGGACCUGUUGUCUGUGUGGUCCUGGCCAGAAGCUGGAGAGUCACUGCAAUACCAGACCAAAUGAUCAACAAUGCAAGCAGUGUGAUUCUGGGACGUACAGCAGUCACCCUAAUUCCCAGCCGUCUUGUGAGCCCUGCAAAUCCUGCGAUCACCCCUUUGCUAAUCUAGAGGAGGCUGAACCCUGUACCCCUGCCGCGAACACUAAAUGUCGAUGUAAGAAGGAUCACUAUUGCGGCAGUGGCACAGAAAUUUGCAGUCUCUGCCACCAUUGUAAAGAGUGUGGUGCUGAGGGCAUCAAAGUAGCCUGUACAUCCACCAAUAACACAGUCUGCAAUGACAAAACUCAAGGGGGGAAUAGUUGGACAAUUAUCGGCAUAACUGUCCCAAUUGUAAUCUUUGCUGCCGUAAUGGUAGCUGUGUUCCUUUGGAGAAGGAGAAAAUUGCAAGGGAACAGACGUCAGAUCAUGGCCCCAACAACAGAAGAUCCAGACGAUGUGGAGUGGCAGUAUCUUAACGGUUUGGAUCUCCAGCCUCAUCUGCCUGACAUUGCAGCAGAGCUUGGAUGGAAGGAUAUGCAUGAUGUAGCAGUGCGUAGUGGAAUACCAAAAGCUACCAUUGAGUCUUGUCAACUGGACCACCACAGAGAUAGUGAGCAGCAGACGUUGCAACUACUAGGGAGAUGGGUAGAGAAGGAGGGCAGGGAUGCCCCCAAAAAACUGAUCCAAAUCCUAGAAAAGAGCGGCAAAAGGUACAAAGCAAUGAGGGUGAAAAAUAUAUUGGGUAUUGGCAGCGCAGCCAGAUAAAACACUUCUGUUUGAAUGUAUCUAUUGUGAGAACUAUUUGAAUAUUUGCAGUGAUGUCUACUGAGCAAAUUACUAUUUUGAAAGGUCCCGUCUGAGGUGUUUACAUGGUGGGAUUGAGCAGGGAAUACUAAUUUAAGAUUUUGAGCGCCUAUAAUGAGUCUUUGCUGUCUUUCCUUGAACUUUGUAAACACAGAAUUUAAGGUUUUUAUAGGAGUACUAUGAUGUACAAUGGUGUUACAGAGGAAUGACAUGCUGUAAUCAUUAUUAUCUGCUUUUCAGUUUGUGAAAUAAUUGAUUGAGGUUUUCUGUACUGCUGCCUUCCCAAUUAAAUUGCAUGCAGUGAAUUACACUGCACAUCUUGUGUUGACACAAGAAUCUUGUAUGUGCCAUUUGUGAGUGAUGAAUAGCUUGCCACAUGUUUGACUGGUCUAGUUUUAAUCAUCUAAUGCUGAUAGACAACAGACGCAAAAUGCCUAACUUUUAAAUACGUCCUUUUUACUGCCCUUUUCCCAGGCUUGUUGCAGUAACUGUAGUCUAUUGUUAAUCCAUGUUAGUUCCAUGUUUGAAAGAACUUUUUGUGAAGAUUGUCAAACUAUAAUAAAAUAUACAUGCUUUUAAA